GACACUGUCAUCGAUUUUAAACUGGUGUGCGGUUGAUGUCUCAAAACCUUUGAUCUUGUCCCGACGGCAUGGUUCGGUGACAUCUUUUGAAUGGAAUUGAGGAUCGAUUGGGCAGUAUCCUUCUCGUUUCCCCGCCGGCCUUAAGGAAGACCGUGCAAACAUCCGGUGCACUAUAAGUGCCUGUACCCGAGUUUUGAUUCGCGUCUAGCCAUCAUGAAGUCCUUCGUUGUCUCCUUUUCUUUCCUGUCAUUGCGGUCUUUAGAUCGUUGUCAUCAUGUCCGGAGCAGAGCUCGUGAUAGCAGUCAUUGCCUUGGUACACCGUACAGUAGAAGGGCUCGAGUACAUCCGGAGUAUUAUCAAAGAUGUCCAGAACGGACAGAAAACCCUUGAAGACCUCAAGGAAGAUGUCGUUUUUAUGCACGGCAUUUUUCUGCCGGUCAAGGAAGAGGAUAAUUUUCCCACCAAGAAUCCUGACCUCCUUUAUCAAGCCUGUGAAAAAUGCAUUCCGUCGACCGCCUUCGCAAAUCAAUUACACGGUUCGAGGGCGUUAAAUAUUCAGGGUGCAGCGUGGGAUAGAGUAUUGGACGAGGAUUAUAACGAGAUCACAUAAGCAAAAUUCGAGGAGUGCAGUCGAAAUGUGCAAGCUGCCAACCGAAACCUCCGAACCGGCGCGCUUCAAUUAUCUCAAGUGAACGCGAUGAAGU